AUGUUCUGCCGGCAGGGAGGCGUCUGCCUUCAUUUCUGGAGCUUGUGGGAUGUAAACAAGAGGGCUGGUCUGUCAUCUCUCGAAAGCGGGGCGAGCCAGCCUCCUCCCCCUCCUCCCCAGCGGCAGCAGCAACGGAAGGGUGGAGGUGAUGACAGGGGAGAAAGAGCAGAGCCAUUGCGAGGGAGCGCCUAUUCGGCAGAAUACGGCCGCCUCCGAAGCUCUGGCGAGCAGCUGCAAACUUCAAACCCAAACUCCGACCGGGGACCUCUCUCCCUUCCUCGCUCCGCUUCGCCCGCCAGCCCCUCUCCGCUCGGCUCCUCCGCCUUCACCCCAGGCUCGCAAGCGCCGCCAGCAGCAGCAGCAGCGAGAGACCGGCCACUGAGGGAAGGAGGCGCCGCCGCCGCCGCCGGGUUUCCCGCCAUGGGUCUGGACGCGGACCCGGUGGACCCGGCGCUGCAGUGCCGGCUGUGCGGCCUGGUGCUGGAGGAGCCCCUGUCGACGCCGUGCGGCCACGUCUUCUGCGCCGGCUGCCUGCUGCCCUGGGCGGCGCGGCGCCGGCUGUGCCCCUUGCGCUGCCGGCCCAUCUCCCGCCAGGAGCUGCACCGGGUGGCGCCGCUGAGGAGCCUCGUGCUGCGCCUGGCCGCCCAGUGCGACUACCGGGCGCGCGGCUGCCGACGGCGCGUGCCGCUCCACCAACUGGCGGCGCACGUCGAGGGCUGCGCCUACGCGCCGGGCAGGUGCCGCCGUCGCGAGGCGCUGCACAUGCGCGGCGGCGGCGGCGAAGGACCUCAAGAGCGGCAGCAGCAGCAGCAAGAGGACGACGACGACGACGACGAGGAGGAAGCUUUUGGCGCCGGCGACGAGGGCAGCGCGAGCCGCAGCAGUAGCAGCGUUUUGCGCGCGAGGUCUGGCAGCGCCGGGCUGCAGCAGCGGCGCGAGAGCGAAUCGGCGCUGCUCGGCCAGCUGGCGGCGCUGCAGAGCGACGUGCAGCUGGCGGCGCUCCGGUACAAGCAGAAGUUCAGCCAGUACGUCCGUCACCUCAGCGGCAGCCACGACGGCCCCGAGGUGAGCAAGGGCGCUGUUUUUUAGGGGGGGCGGGGGUUAGGCUGUGCGCUCCUGGCGGAGCAAAGGGCCCUUUAGGGGUAGACUUUCCUUCCUUCCUUCCUUCCUCUCAGGCAGGUCCCACCAUCUCUGACAGUGAAUGGCGCGCUGGGGUGGUGGAGGUUGCAGCCCCCCGAGGGCGCCAGGUUGAGGGAGGCUGUAGCGGAGCGUCCUGGGCGCUGUGACUUCUGCCAAGCGCCAGGUGGAGUCGACGCUCAGCGGCUGCAUCAGUUUUGCUGACGCGGGGAGGUUCGCAGGUGAGACGGGUCGGGGGAGGAUUGGUCUUGGCUGUGGCGGCGAAAGGAAGCCUCCGUAUUCAGAGGUAGUGGAUCUCUGAAAACUCGGAACCAGGAUAGGGGGCAAUGGCAGGGUAGGACUGUCGCCUUCCUGCUCAGCUUGUGUUCGGGCUUCUUGGAAAUAGCUGGCUGGGCUGCCAAGGUGGCUGUUGUGGGAAGAUGGAUGACUAUUUUUGUCCCACCCACUAAAGCUCUUUGAGGAAGAAGAUGGCUCACUUGGUAGAGCCUGACUCGUGAUCUUGGGGCAAGGGUGCCAAGUUGAAUAAAAUAUGGGGUCCCCUGCCUUAUCGAUCACAUAAUGGGGUGCACCCAUGCCAUUUGAAGGUCAGUGCCCAUCAACUUGGGGGACUCAACUUAUUGGAGUUGGCUCCUAUGUCUCAGGGUGAUGGAUUCAAGCCCCAUGUUGGGCAAAAGAUUCCUGCAUUACGGGGGGUUGGACAAGAUGAUCCUUGUGGUCCCUUCCAGCUCUACAAUUCUAUGAGGUGACCUGCAGGUCUGCCCUGUUCCUCAGCAGCUCACCUUGGUGAAGUAACUCUUGUCAGCCCCUUCUCAGCUUGCUCCUCAAUAACUGGUGGUGCUUAAUUUGUUUUAUAAGGGGGAUCUGGUUUGAGGUUUUUACUCCCUCCCCGUCACCUGAAGGCCAGCAGGUGCAGCAUUCAUAAAGAGGAGAGCUUGCAACCCAACAGGCCUAAGCCUUGUUGCUGCAGGGUUUAAUCCUGAACUGGGGCUUGCAAGGCUUGGCUCCAGAACUUGCUAUCAGUGCCUGAGGUUUGCAAAGUGGUGCAUCUGAGUUUAUGAUGAUGAUCUUUCUCUAAUCUCAGUGUCAGGUAUGUACCUGGUUCAUAAAAUGUCACUUGUUGGAAGGCUGGAGUCUUGAUAUAAUUUCGGAAGGUGAGUGUUAAAAAUGCCCCCAACUCAAGACAGUAUAAGAAUUGUGGAAGAAAUUGACUUUGAUUACUUUGCUGAGUGUUAGAGGAACCCAUCCUGGAAAUAAUCAGAGAUGCACUCUUUGGAGCUGGUAUUGCAACAGAUGCUGGGUGCUGUAGUCUUGUUUUUUUAAAAAAAUCAAACCUUUUUCUUUGAAACUACUGCUGGGUAAAUUGCUUUCCUUGUGUUGCUUUUUCGCAGCAUUGCUAAUCUUUGUCCCAUAAAUUGGUGGUUCAGUUUGGGUCUCAGCAGUGCUUUUUUGGCAAAAUAAUAAUAAUAAUAAUAAUAAUAAUAAUGUGCUGGAUCCCAUAUCUUGAUAACAGUGACAUGGGUGCUAGUUUAUAAUAGGCAUGGGCAGCAAAAAUAGAGGUGUCAGUACCAUCACAAAAAGCAUGGACUGCUAGCAUCUUGAAACUAGGGGUGCUUUUUGGAAAAAGCUAAGAGGAAUACUUCUGGCUUGGAACACAUUUUAUAUACAGAUCAGAGACUCUGAACAAAGGCAAUGCCUGUACCGGCCCUCCCCCUUUCCCCCCAGAGGGUCUUCUUAGCCUGAUUGUAUGCCGUGAGCCUUGUUUCCAGGAGGUACAACCAGUGGCAGUGGUACCUCUUAAGCCGAGUUGUUGUUGUUGUGGGACUUGUGAAAUGAAGGACAUUUCGUUUUGAUUUCUGCUGAGUUCUUGAUUCUGUAAUAGACAGAUCUCAACUGUGCAGCUAUGCAACAGCAUUUUCCUGCACAAGCAAAGGCACAGGGAAUAGAAUCAGAUUCAUGGAGCUCUGCUGUCACUUGGUGUUUUCAUUGGGAUACUAAUUGUUUUCAUUGGGAUACUAAUUAGUUUGGUUUCUUUGGAUGUUAUUUAGUAACUUGGUCAUAUUUAUUAAUUUCAGUGUGUCUGCCCUGAGUAAAACUUUGUUGAAUACUACCCAGAGUUGCUAAUAAUAAUAAUAAUAAUUUAUUUAUACCCCACCCAUCUGGCUGGGUUGUCCCAGCCACUCUGCUAAACUGUUGCUAUGUAUGCUAUUUAAAAGCUGGAGAAUGACAGGUGGCUUUUGGUUCAACAAACAGCAGUUUAUUGUUGCACUUCUAAUAGUCUGAUACUUUGCAUAUUACACAGUUCAACGUGCCUUGCUUCCAGGUUCUCUAUUACUUUAGUUGUACAAUCUAAAGGUGAUCUCCUCCUCUGAUGGAAGGCAUCUAUCAGUGGAAAGAGGAAGCUGUCAUUCUAAAAUGAUUCUCCUUUGCCUCUACAGGCCUCCGUGCUGCCCCUCCUCUCAAAAUCUUCUCCGGAGGCACAGAUUGGAUAUCAUCGCCCUUUUUGUUAAGCCUGAGAGCAUGAUUUCUGCAUUGAAUAAUUUGCUUUUGAUUAAAUAAACAAGCGGAUUAAGAGGACUUUACACAGGCUUGUUGUGCAUGACAGCCCUUGAUUUAAUUUCUCGUGUCUUCAUUCUUUAUUUAUCUUCAAGUUUGGAAGGUCCUUAGGGACUCCUGAAAAUGUUAUUUGCUGCUGAGUGGUGAUUUAAGCUCCACUCACAGUUUUGUGCAAUGCUGCUUACUUUUGGGACGCAACAACCAGCAGGAAUGAUUUGAACCGCUUUGCUCUCUUCAGAACUAGCAUUAUUCAUUGACCUUUAUGAUACCAUAGGGUUGUUAGAUGUUGUAAUUCUUUGACUUAAUAACACAACUGUCACUGCAGCUUCUUUACAAUAUAUAAUUACUGAAAUAUGUGUUUAUUAGAUUUCUAUACUGCCCUUCAUCUGAGGGUCACAGGAUGCGUGUGCACACACACACACACACACACACACACACACUCUCAGAGCCAUAGUAACAAACAAAAACAAUAUUCCCCAAGUUUAAAAAAACCAUAGAUGAUUUAAUUAGCCAAAGGCCUAGAAGAAGAGGAAUGCACAGAGCAUUCCACAUAUGGGGAGCCACCACAGAAAAGGCUGAUUCUUGUGUUCCUGGAAACUAUGAUCCUCAGAGAAACUACUACUCAUUCAAAAAAACUACUCAUUCAAUCAGCACUACUACAAGAGAAACUACUCAUUCAAUCAGCACUUCUUAUGUGCAUUUUUUGCCAUAAAGGGGCUCCUGAGGUGUAAUGUAAAUUAAAACAGAUAAACCAAGUAACGAAAGUAUGCAAUGAAAACACCACUGUACAAAUGUGUGUUGUUAUUAUUAUCAUCUGUAUCGAAUAUCAGUUUAAACCAUUUGUUUAUAAGUGCCUCACAUAUAUAUAGUACUGUGCUGUUUUGGCAUACAACAGCCCAAAGAUUGUUGAAACUGAGUGAACAGAAGUUAUGCUGGUACUGAACUAUUAAAUUGGCAUAAUCAUGUAUUAUUUUUUUAAAAAAAAAUUGUAGCACCUUAGAGACCAACUAAGUUUGUUCUUGGUAUGAGCUUCCGUGUGCAUGCACACUUUUUCAGAUACGGUUGAUGGACUUCCAUUUCAUGUGGCUCAGUAUGGUGCCUUCCAUGGUUCUAGAUUCAGGUAGGUAGCCGUGUUGGUCUGACACAGUAGAAGUAUAUAUAAAAAAUAUAAAAACUUGUAUCUGAAGAAGUGUGCAUGCACACAAAAGCACGUACCAAGAACAAACUUAGUUGGUCUCUAAGGUGCUACUGGACAAUUUUUUAAUUCUUUUAAUAUAUAUUUCUACUGCGUCAGACCAACACAGCUACCUACUUGAAUCUAGAACUAUGUAUUUCAAAGAGAUUUUCCCCAUCGCUCACCAUGUUUAAAAUAGCAUCAUGUAAUAGCCAUAAAAAUUCUGAACAUUGUAAUAGUUCUCUGCACUUAAAACCAUUCAUACUUAUUUGACUGCUAAUGAAUAUGGAGCCGAUAUCUUAAGUGAUAAUGACAAAACAAUUGCACUGAAUUACUUACUAAUCACUUAUCUCAUUAGUAUAGUACCUGUAUUUCAUUCAGAAGUACUUUUUCCACUGACUAUCCUAGUACUGAACAUAACUGACUUCAAAAUGUUGUUCUGUAUGAGGUCUGUUUUCUCAACUGCUCCCUGCAAUGAAAUGUUUUGUGUAAUGUAAAUGUAGUUUCACCAUGGAGAUUGGACACUGUGGUGUUUUGUCUCCAGGCUGUUGCCAAAGUUCCAGAUAUUGGCACGUAGAAAAACCACGCGGGAGAGAUUGAGCUGGUACACACAAACCGUUUGACCUACAGAAUAUCCAUCAUGUGGAAUAAAUUUGAAAGACUCACUUCUCAAAAUAGGAUCUCCUGGAGAUCUCAAGCGAGGUUUUAAAUGGUUUGAUUUAUAAAGUCACAGUAGGGUAUUGUUAAGUAGGUUUUAUAAGUAGUCUUUUUUUGUCUUUCUUUCUAGGAAAGAGAGUCUAAGAUCUUAACCAUCAUGCUACACAGAGAAAACAAUACCCUGGGAUUUAAUAUUGUUGGAGGACAAGCUAACCAGGUAAACAGAAAGAAUGAUUCAGUGCCAUAUAUAUAUUUAUUAUAUAUUUAUAUUUAUAUUUAUUAUAUAUAUAUAAUAAAUUGCUAG